AUGAAUUUGGCUCAGAUGGAUAUGCGGCCGCGCGUGCAGAUUCUGGGAGUGGGAAUGUUUGGCUGGUCCUCGAUUUGCAUCACCUGCCUUGUAUUUUACACGAUUUUCCCAGACAAGUCAUCGCUCCCAAGCAUGCUCCUGGCGAUGGUCAUCGGUUCAAUAGUCAUGAUCGUUGUGGCUCGUGUGCUGAUCAGUGAUAGAUGCAGGCGCCAAACGGAGCUUGUGCAGGAGCAUAUUUGGGCAUCUAUGUCCUUCGGCUCCAUAGAAGAGAUGUCUCAGCCCAAAUUUCAUCGUGUGCAGAUCCGGACAUCAGAAACAAGCAAGGGCACCCGGUCAGUGAAAAGAGUGAUGGAGGAAGUCGAUGUGCUGUGGCAACCCUCCAGCUUUCAGCAGACUUGUGUUUGCUGUUUGGAGGAUUUCAAGUCUCAGGAUGGAGUUUCGCUGCUGCCAUGCGGACAUAUCUUCCACGAAAGCUGUCACACCGACUGGCAUGUUUUGAAGAAGUGCGCCAACGCUUGUCCAAUCUGUCGCGAUAGCUGGGCGACUGUUUGA